GAAAACCGAGAGUGGGCGGGCGCUCUGUUGUUGUGGUUGACGGUUCACUUCCUGCUCUUCACGGCGUGAAAUCAAUAAAGUGCAGCAGCGAAAACUGAAAUAGGAAGAGAGAAGAAACCCGAAGAGCUGGCAGCUUCAGGGUCCUGCUGGAUGAAGCGGUGGGGUUUUUAUAGAUUCAGACCAUCAAAAUAAGGGAAAAAACAGCAGUAAACAAUUAGUUAAUCUGCUCUCCAAGAGGUGAACCAAACAUGGUGCACGUCUACAACUGCCAUCCGUUCUCCUCGCAGCAGAUAGUUCAGGUGGAGCAGGAGCCUGGACUGGUCUGCUGUGGAGGUGGAGCGCUGUUUGUGGUGGCUACCGGCGGAUGCAAGGUGGAGGCCUACAGUGUGGAGAAGGAGGGCUGCCCUCUCAUCUGUCGCUUCGCCACCAUGGGCACCGUGAAGAGCAUCCAGCACAGCAAGAUAGGAGAUUACCUGGUGACCAUUGAGGAAAAGAACAGCGCCACCUACCUGAGAAUCUACACUAACUGGCGCUACCAGGCGGAGGAGAAGGCCCGUGUCGGGGUGCGUUUGUUGGGCCACCUGCUGCGUGGCGCGUCUGUGCGGGGCGGAGUCCAGAUGGAGAUCAUUGAGAUCCCUCUGUCAGAGCGUCCUGUUGCUGUGGCGUGUUGCUCCGUAACAGGAGACCUUCUGGUCGGAUGCGAGAACACCCUGGUUCUGUUUACGUUGAGGAGACAGAACCAGCAGAGCCUGCAGAAUCAGAGUCAGCAGAUCCUUCAGAGCACCGGGCCGAACACGCAGCAGAGCUCCAGUCAGAGUCAAGGUCAGACCUCAAGUUCAAACCAGAAUGUUUCCAUCCUGGAUUUUGAGCGCUCAGUUAUCCUGCAUCUUCCAAAAAUCAAGCCUAAACGGGUGGCACUGUGUGGAGGAUAUGUGGCAGUGCAGACGGAGCUGGAGGUGCUAGUACUGAAACUGGAUGCAUCCUCCGAACCUAAAACCGUGGAAGAAUCAUCGGACACAAAUAAAGCAGAUCAUCUAGAAGACCAGGCUGACUUCCUGCUCCUUCCGAGACAUCAGGAGUUGCUCGGUGAUCGAGCUAAAGACUGCGACAUCCCUGUCACCAUUGAAAAGACCGGGCUGGAGGACAGAGGACAAUACACACUAUCAUACGUUCUCUUCAGGCGUUUCACUCCAGACUUCUUCCAGGGCUGCAGUGUGGAAGAGACUCAGCUCCAUUCCCUACAGCUCUACCCGCUGUUCACCAGUACUCAGUCAGCCUCUCUGGAGGAACCAGCAUGCAUGUUCUGCUUCUUCUCUCUCCCCAACGCCGGCUACCUGUACAGUCUGAAGGGUGGUGUGGAGCUCCUCUCAGCCUAUCAGUAUCCAGAGAAGGUCCUGGAGGCGGUGCUAACAGACUACCUGCUGCACGUCAUAACCAAGAAUGCAUUGCAGUGUUUCACAGUGCGCUGUGCAGCAGUAGCAGCCAGGAUCGAAGACCCCUACAUCGAUACCACAAUGAAGGCCUGUCCACCCUGCAGCCUGGAGGUGUGUGCGCUCAGGAUGCAGCUGUUUAUUGGUCUGCGAUCAGUGUGUGUCUACGGCCGCCAUGUCAUCCUGCUCUCCACCGCUGACACAGACACACCUGAGGAGACCGAACGCAUCACACAGCGCAGAGGCCUGAGCGGUCAGAAGGACUGCCACCUGGCUUUGCCGUACUACAGGAUGUCUUGUCUGCCUGUCACAGAGGUCAUGGCCAGGAACCGCCCGGUUCCCAGCAGCCCUCACUCCUACGGCCCCGGCUUCCUGUUUUACCUAAAGCAUUACCUGUUAGAAGAAACAGAGCAGAGCCUCAGUCAGGAAGCUGCUGAUGAGGUCAUAGACAUUUUCAGCCAAUCGGAGCCCUCGCAGCUGGUCAGCGUGUGCGCCAGCCCGCCCAUGGUAAACGUCAGUCCUGCCCGGACGAUGCAAAUCUUACAACAUCUUGAGGACACUGCCGGCGUGUCGGUUCCCCUGACGAUCACCAUGGCAACCAUGAUGCUGCUUUUGGACGACCUGCCGCGAUACACACAGAUGAUGGAAAGACACGCUGAGAUGCUGCUGGUGUACGGGUUCAUUGAGGAGUCGAGGCUGUUGCUGCACGGUGGAGGUGGAGGCCAGCACGCACACAUCCGUCCCACGGCGUUGACUCGCCAGUUGGCAAAGUCCCAACCGGGGCUGCUGGUGGCUGCCAUGGUGGCUCUACAUGAAAACAACAAAGUUCAACUGGAACAGGCUGAUCAAAUAUUCAAGGAGCUGGGCUGUGAGAAUUGCUUACAGGUGGAUUUCUGGGAGGCGAUGCUCAUGGCGUCCUCGCAGGAAGCCGUCAUCCAGGAACUUCUGUUCCGAGUGGCGUCUGUCUACAUCGACCGACUGACAAACUCAGAGCCUCCACACACACCUUCAAGACGCAGGCCGCUGAAGAGCGCUGAAGAUCUGAUAAACUCGUGCAUCCAUUACGGUGCUCUGUACCCGUGGCUCACUGUUCUCAGUCCAGCUCACACUACCAGCUCCCAACACCAGGAGGCGCUACACAAACUGCAGUCUCUCCUGUGUGGUCCGUCCCUGUCUGUGGGCUCUGUCGUGCCUCUUCUAGAGCGCCUGUCAGAGGAAACCUUAUGGGGCUUCAGCCUGCACCUCCUCUGUUCCACCAGAAGGGGGCAGUACGACAGCAGCAUUGAAAAGCUGCUGGACCGAUGUCCUCAGGCCAUCAUAGCCUACGCCAACCACCAGUUACAAGACAAGAAUAUGGUGUUGUGGUGGCAGAAGCUGCUCCCUGAGCUUUGUAACAGGACAAGAGCUGCAUCUGACAACAGCAUCCUAUUGGCUGCUCUCAAAGAGACGCUGGUUGUGGUUGCCAUGGAGACGAGCCCCUCAGAGUUUCUGGAGCUGAUACCUGACGACGGCACCGCCUCGUACUUCCUGCCUCACCUGUUAACAUGCAGUCAGAAACACUUGCUGGCCUGACCCACACACACGCACAGACUCACACAGACACACACACACAGACACACACACAGACACACACACACCACACACACACACGCACACAUUCUUGAAUAGACAAAGACAAAGGGUGUCAGCCCUUCUUGAAUGACAGCAUGUUGACUGCAGUACUCACUACUGCACUGGAGCAGUUGAGGGUUCAGUGAUUUGCUCAGAAGACCCUCAGCAGUGUGUGUUUGAGGAUGAUUCAAGCUGACAACACUCACAACAUAAUCCUGGAUCUCUACUCUCGACGCUAUGAGCAGCAUUUUGUCCUCAGACAAUCAUGGAAAGGUUUUGUGUGUUUGUGAUGGCACAAGUACUUGACCACCUUCUGGAGUUUGAAGCAAUUAAAUUAAACAUUUAUCAGCCACUCUGGUGAUGUAUCUGUUUUAGCUGACAAAGUAGUUAUAUAGAAAAGAAUAGAAUAUACAAGCUACACAAGAACAGACUGCAGUAUAUAGAGCAGGUCAUGCAGAGCAGAUAUUAAAAAAAUGGUUUUAGGUUCCCCUUCAGGUUCCUGGUAGCUACGCAAUCCAGUUUAUAAAUCCCAUAUUCUUCUUCUUUCCUGGAUUUUUAGUUGUUGUUUGUACAUGGAUAUUGCUUUGCAUGAGUUUGGUUUGCCAUUCAUAUUUUAACUUGUAAUUUCUGUAACAGUUUUAAAGUAUGUUUGUUUGUAUCUCACGCUGUCACAGCUACAGAGACACAAGUCUAAACAUGUAAGUUAUAUACUGUAUGCGGUGACAAAAAAAAUGUUGAGCUACUAUGAGAAUUUAUUUUUAUUUAUUAGCAGUUUGUAGUCCUAAAACUGGUCCUGCAAUCCUAAAAACGAGGAGUUUAAAGCACUUUAGAACUGAUGGGGCCGCCACCAGACCUGUCCUCAACAUUUUUUGAUUCAGUAAAUGCAAAGAAAAAGAAAGAAAUUAAAAAACCUUUUAUGAGUUUCAUGUUUUAUUCUCCAAUUCACAUAAGUAGCUAAAUAACUUUUAAUUUGUCACAACUGAAGCGACACAUUCGAGUCAGUCUGUCUUUUUCUGUCACGGUUGAGUGAAAACCUUGUUUCUCCGUAAUGUAAUGCAAUUUCAAGAAGGUGGAAAAAUGUUCCCAUUCAUCACUUAAGCGGCAAGUACUUUGGACUUUAUCCAAAAGAUAUUUUAUCCAAGUUGCAAUCAACCAGAACUGUUUUGUACCUCUUCACAACUAACUGCUUCCUUUAACUUGAUUUUCUUUUCUUUAAUUGGAAAAAAAAGAAAAUAUGAAAACUGUCAUUCACGCCUUCAACAUUUCAUCUGGUUCAUGUGAAACUCAUGUAAGUUAGUUAGUAAAGAAUAGGUAUUAAGUUGUUGAUAAGCAAAGGCGUCUUGUGUUGCUGCUUCACUUUACUGACAUUUGUUGACACUAUUGAUUACAGACUGGUCGAUGGGGUUUCGUGAACUCUCCACAGUUUCACCAGAGAAAUUAGGUGUGACUUCAAACUAAACAAAGCCUGA